GUGGCUUGGAGCUUGGUGUAAGAUAAUUGUGUUGGUAGGGGUUUCACGCUUUCUUUAGGCUACAGAUAUCACACAGGAAAUAGAAAGUCAGGUUACAGACGACCUCACACCAGCAGUCUGCAAGUCUGCCUUCUGAUAUUGGAGAAUUACAAAUCGUGGGAAAGCAGCUCGAUAACAAACCACGCAGAAAUGAAGAUGGAGCACGAUUUCAUUCACUGUGAGAGUUUUCAAAUGUCCCUGCUGCCCUCAGUGUAUGGGACUGAGUUCAUCAUAGCCUUGGUCGGAAACCUGUUUGCCCUGUGGCUGCUGCUGGUCAAAGAGAGAAGGAACUGGCACACUGGUGUCGUCCUCUCGUGUAACCUGGCAAUCAGUGACCUGCUGUAUGUCCUGACCCUGCCUUUGCUGAUCGUCUACUACUCACAGAGGAAACACUGGAUGUUUGGUGACGCUGUGUGUAAAAUUGAGAGGUUCCUUUUCACCUGCAACCUAUAUGUGAGCAUCUUCUUCAUCAUGGCGAUAAGUGUGAACAGAUGCGUGGCCCUCGCCUGUCCCUUCUUUACCCGAUCCUAUGUAGAGCCUGUCCACGCCAAGGUCAUCAGUGUCAGCAUCUGGAUCAUCGUAGCAGUCAUUUCCUGCCCUGUGUUGAAAUAUGCAUCUGUUUGCAAUAAUGUGCACAACAAUACUGAGUGUGUGUCCGUCUGUAAGGGCCAAGGGCAUGAAAACCCUCACUUUACCUACAACAUUUUUCUUGCUGUGUUUGGGUGUCUGGUUCCCUUCUUGGUUACUUUCACUUCUUACUGCGUUGUGAUUCGAGUGGUGUGGAAAAAUGUCAGUGUAACCACACUGGAGAAACGCAAGGUAGCUCUAUUGGUCACAUCAGUGCUGGUUUUGUAUGCUAUUUCCUUUGUGCCUUACCAUGUCUUUCAGAUCUAUCACUUGUAUCUGAAGAUCAACAACAAGUAUGUCUGUUGGGCCUACCAAAUGUACCAAGUGUCCAAGGGACUGGCAACUCUGAACAUGUGUAUCCAUCCAAUCCUUUAUGUGGCUGUGUUUGACAGUAUAAGAGUGGCUUGUUGCGGGGAGAGCCCAGAGGACAACAACAGAAGAGAGAUGAGGAAGUAGAGCUGCUCUUUGGCUGCUUUUUAUGAGUAAAUCAUUAUUUUUAUGCUGUAAAACUUCUACACAGAAUUUACACAAGAGCUAUUGCACUUAUUUCCUAUUUUUGUUAUUUUUGAAAGAUAUUGUUCUACUGACUUUGAAAUGUAACCAUAUGUAAUAAAGAUUUCU